GUAACGCAAUAAACUUAACUUACAGUUUAUUAAUGUUCAAAGUUUUUGAAUAAUUUAUUAAAUAUUUAGAGAAAAAUAUCGUCGUAGUGGUGGCGCCAUCUCUUAAGGCUCACUUAACUUAAACAAUAUAACCUUAAAGUGGAACCGAUUCGGUAACAUGCAUAAGCAUGUGAGAUAAAUGUGAUGUACAGAGGUGAUUUUGUUGGACUUAAUCAUGUACAGAGUGUACGAUAAGUGCGGCACCAAAUUAUUAAAUAAAAGCUAUGUGAAAGUACUUACAAGUUCAAGGGUUCUAUUAAAAUCAACAUUCUCCGAUUUGGAUGCUGGUUACGUCCCGACCAAAGUGGAGGCGAAUAUUGGCCCGUCAAAUUACUUCCAACCACCCUUGAAAUCGACGGAAUGCCUCAAAUUGAUUUUACCACCGCCAAAUAUCACGGGGACUCUGCAUUUGGGCCACGCACUCACUGCCACCAUUCAGGACGUCAUUGUUCGAUGGAAACGGAUGCAAGGAGUCAAAACGACAUGGAUACCAGGAAUGGAUCACGCAGGGAUCGCCACUCAGGUGGUGGUCGAGAAAAAGCUUUGGAAAGAAAACAAACUGACCAGACACGACGUCGGAAGGGAGGAGUUCGAGAGAUGCGUCUGGAAGUGGAAGGAACAGAAAGGGGACGUCAUAGGAAAUCAACUGCGACGUCUUAAUGUCUCCCUAAACUGGGAUGAAGAAGUGUUUACCAUGGACCAGCCCAGGUCGGAGGCCGUAACUGAAGCUUUCAUCCGUCUCUUCGAAGCCGGUCUUAUUUACAGGGCUGAUCAUUUGGUUAAUUGGUCUUGCGUUCUGCAGUCAGCUAUUUCAGACAUUGAGGUUGAACACUUGAACUUAAGUGGAUCUACUGAUGUUGCAGUACCCGGUUACCAGAAGCCUGUUAAAUUUGGUGUCUUGACCAAUUUUUCCUAUAAAUUGGACAAUUCUGAUGAAGAGAUUACCGUAGCCACAACUCGUCCAGAAACAAUGUUGGGAGAUGUUGCUGUGGCUGUCAACCCCAACGAUGACCGUUACUCAAAGUAUAUUGGAAAACGUUUGUGGCACCCCUUCCGCAACGAAACCAUACCCGUCAUUGCUGAUGAGUUCGUCGACGUAAAUUUCGGCACAGGAGCCGUGAAAGUGACACCGGCCCACGACCACACCGACUUCGACGUGGGCAAACGUCACAACCUCGAAACGGUCCAAGUAAUCGACGAGCGCGGCCUGAUGACCGACGCCUGCGGCGAAUUCGCCGGCCUUAGGCGUUUCGACGUCCGCGACGUCCUGCCGGACCGGCUCGCCAGCCUCGGACUCCUGAAAGGCGCCGCCGACCAUCCGAUGAUCGUCCCAAUUUGCAGUCGUUCAAAGGAUGUAGUGGAGUUCCUGGCACGCCCCCAGUGGUUCAUCAAGUGUGACACCAUGGCAGCCAGAGCCGUUGAGGACGUCAGACAGGGGCGGCUCACCAUCGAACCACCACAUUUCGAGAAAACUUGGUUUAAUUGGCUAGAAAACUCUCGUGACUGGUGCAUCUCAAGACAGCUUUGGUGGGGCCAUCGGAUUCCUGCGUUUGAAUGCUCAGUGGGUGACCAGAAAGUUUGGGUCGGUGCCAAAAGCUCAGACGAAGCCAGAGCCAAAGCUUCGACUCAACUCAAAGUGGCCGGUGAAGGAAUAUCAGUGAGACAAGAUGAAGACGUUCUGGAUACGUGGUUCUCGUCGUCCUUGCUUCCCUUCUCAGCUUUCGGAUGGCCCAAACAAACGAUGAAUUUCUCGGACCACUACCCUUUGAGCUUAAUGGAGACCGGGCACGACAUCCUGUUUUUCUGGGUGGCCCGCAUGGUCAUGUUGGGCACACAAUUAUCCGGCCGUCUGCCCUUUGACCGGGUCCUUUUGCAUGGCAUCGUGUGCGACGCCCAGGGCAGGAAGAUGUCCAAGAGUGUGGGCAAUGUCGUCGCCCCCGAGGACGUCAUCCAGGGAUCCACGUUGAAGGAACUGGAGGCGGUUGCGGAGGCGGCCCACGAGUCGGGCCUGCUGUCGUCCGAGGAGCUGAACAGGUCCGUGCUGGGGCAGAGGAAAAUGUUCCCCGAUGGAAUACCGGAAUGCGGGGCGGACGCCCUAAGGUUUACUUUGUGCUCGCACAACAUUAAAAACCAUUUCAUCAAUUUCGACAUAAAGGAGUGCCACAACAACAAAUUAUUCGGAAACAAAAUAUGGCAAGCCACCAAAUUUACCAAAAUAUGGUUCGACAAAGUGUCACAGGAGCAACAACUGGAUAAGGAACCACCAUUCGAAGACCUACAUUUAAUGGAUAAGUGGAUUUUGAGCAGACUGGACCACAUGUUAGUAACAGCACACGAAAAUCUCCAAACCUACAACUUCCACCUGGUCACUGGAGCUCUGAAGAAUUUCCUCUACUUCGAUUUCUGCGAUGUUUAUUUGGAGAGCAUUAAGCGUGGACUGCGAGUGCCCGGAUCGCCCGGAGCCGCCGGUCACGUUUGGACUUUGACCGGCGUCCUCGACCUGGGUCUGAGGAGUCUGGCGCCCUUCAUGCCCACCCUGGCGGAGCACCUGCACCGCAGUCUGCCACUACUUGGAGGACGCGAGAGGAGCACAUACUUUCCACAACCGCUGAAUACACGGGACGAAGCGCUGGAACGAGAAGUAACUGAAAUAAUGGAAGUGGUGGUGGCCAUAAGGCGUCUGAAGAAGAUUUUUAACGUGCUGGGUAAACACCAACCGCAAGCUCAUUUAUUCAGUAACAAUCAAGUUUUCACCAAGUUCUUGGAGGUUAUUGAGGACAACUCUGCCUGCCAAGUCCACGUGCAUGAACCACUGACGGAACUACAACUGAACAACACCAUUAAGGAUAAAGUUGGUGACGUAACAAUCGAGUUGGUGGUACCGGAAGAAUUACUACAAUCACUGGUGGCAGACCUUCCAAAAAUGGAAAAGAAGAAGGAGAAGCUACUCAAGGAAUUAGAGAAGAUGAACAAGAUGAUAUCCGGAAGUACCUACAAGGUCAACGCCACACCUGAGGCUCAAGAGACUCAUUCCAAGAAGAUUGCAGGCUUGGAGGAAAAAUUGUCGAGGAUAAACUACAUCCAGAACUUAGCCAAGUAGUACCCCUGUUUUGUAUUAUUAUUUUCAAUAAAUUAUUUAAGGAA